GCCAAUGGCUUCAGCGGCGCGGAUGCGGCAGCGGCAGCAGCAUCCGUCCCGGCGGCAGCCAAUCAGAGGGCGCCGUUCCUCCGCCACAUCCAACCCGAAUAACUGCAGAUGCCCGCAUCAAAGCAGCGGGUCCUUCUCUCUCUGUAUUCUCUCUAUUCUCUCUCUCUCUCUGCCAGGUUUUUGCAUAGCUGAGGGACUACGCUGCGUCUAUUUUUGGAAUACAUAGUGGCCAUUUUUCCCUCUCUCUCUUUCUCUCCCUCCAUUUUUGUGUUGAUUUCGGGUUUUUCGACGUGUUGCUAUAUUUACGUGUGAGGGGAGGCAAGUGGGACAUCAACAGCCGCGACCGCGGAGAUUUUCGCUUCUCAAUGGAAGACAUCUUUCCACUCGCUGCGAGACCGAAGCAUCCGGGCUUUGCAUCCCCAUCGACGAGCGAGGGACCGUUUCUAGAUGCAGAUCUGAGGAAGGAGGCAGCAGCAGCAGCAGCCCACCAGGGAGACAAACCUGUCGGCCUCUGACGCGGUGGGUUUGUGCCGUUUUCACGCCCUGGACGAGCUCCAAAGAGGGGAAACACAUUCUGACCGAGAAGAAGAUAAGAGGGGGUCAAGGUGUGAUACAUGGAUUUGAAAAGAAGACUCCAUUAAUUAAGAGGUUCAACUUCCUCCAGAAGUGAGACGCUUUGGCCCUCUCAAAGCUCUUUGUCUAGACCAAUCAAAGAGCUUUUCCCCGCUGCUUCCCACUCCAUCCUGUCCCUCUGCUAAACCUCCUCAGUCGUCAUGGGUACGGUGCUAUCGCUGUCUCCCAGCUACCGCAAGGCAGCGCUGUUUGAGGACGGCCCAGCCACGGUGGGCCACUACACAGCCGUCCAGAACAGCAAGAAUGCCAAGGAUGCUGCCGCCGCGGCUGCAAAGUCCCUCAAACGCCCCUCCAUCAUCAGCGUGUUACCAUGGAAACGAAUCGUGGCCGUAUCGGCGAAGAGGAAGGGCUCCAAGAAGCUUCAGUCGGAGGGAGGGGAUGGCGGGAAAGGGAGCUCUCCGGACGGCCAUGCUGCUGCCACGGCCAACUCGGCCUCCAACAGCCUGAAGCUGAAGAAGUCUCAGUCCUGCGCUAACCUCACAUCUUACUCAUCCAGCCAGGACCCCUCAGCCACCACCACCACUACCUCCUCCCACCUGCCCACCUCCAAGACCCUGGCGAACGUAGCUACUGUCGUUGCCAAAAAGAAUUCCCUCACAGGCUCUGGGAUCCAGCCUUCCACUGCAGCUGGCACACCAAAACGUGUCAUUGUCCAGGCCUCCACCAGUGAACUCAUGCGUAGCCUGGGUGAGUUCCUGUGCCGUCGGUGCUACAGAUUGAAGCGUCUAUCCCCGACAGAUCCGGUGCUGUGGCUGCGCAGCGUGGACCGCUCCCUCCUCCUGCAGGGCUGGCAGGAUCAGGGCUUCAUCACUCCGGCCAACGUGGUCUUCCUCUACAUGCUGUGCCGUGACGUGGUCUCGGCUGAGGUGGCCUCGGAGCGCGAGCUGCAGGCCUCGCUGCUCACCUGCCUCUACCUGUCCUACUCCUACAUGGGCAACGAGAUCUCCUACCCACUGAAGCCCUUCCUGGUCGAGGCGGAGAAGGAGGCCUUCUGGGACCGCUGCCUGGAGAUCAUCAACCGCAUGAGCGGCAAGAUGCUCCAGAUCAACACCGACCCACACUUCUUUACGCAGGUGUUCGCUGACCUGAAGAACGAGAGCAAGAAAGAAGAGGAGAAGACCAAACUCCUGAUAGGCCUUGACCGAUAGGAAGGAUGACGGGAUGGAUAGGAAGUUGAUAGGUUGAAGACAGGAAGACUAAUGUAAUGCAGUGUGGCUCUACUUUUGAGCAGUGCUGUUGUCUGGCAUCUCCACUAGUUUAUGAUUAACCAAAUUUCCUGUUCGUUACCCAGAAGAAAGAUGUUCUGCAAUCAAAUGCAGCAUUAAAAUCUUUUGAGUUGGGUAAUGAGUCACUUAAACUAAAACGGCUUUCAGGCAGUAAAUCAUCAGCAGUGUCUUGCCUGAAGGCAGCAGUUUUACCACAAAACAGAUAAAACCAGGGUUGUUGUGUUGCUGCCUACACCAUUAGCCUCAUUAUCUGACAAACUGAAUCUGAUUAGAUCUCAAGAGUGACAACCUGAUUGUUGGUAUUCGAUUUCUGCGUUGCUUGGCUCAAGAUAGCAAGCAGAAAUACCAUCAUUAGUUUGUUGGCAACAGUGUUUUUGAGAACAGAGACAAGGAAAGCGAUGGUUUAUUGAAAUCCUGGCCAGCUGGGUUCAUGAUGUGACAUUAUCAGAAAGAGAUCUCUAUCAUUUCAGUCUUUUGUCUGAGGCCCAAUCUGACCUGUACCUUGUUUUAGUGAGCUCAGGAAAGAAAUCUGAAAUCCCCACUGAGGUUUUAUUGUGUGCUUUGACAAAAACAAAUGGGAUCAGAGACGCCAGACAACACAGAUUUUCAUAAUUAAGGAUGAAAAUAUAUAUAUAUUUAUACAUAUAUACAAACACAGAUGGGUGACAAAUGAAAAGAAAAAUCUGAAUAAGUAAGUAAAGAAACACAAUGUAGCGGCCCCUUGGAUUCAUUCAGCAAGACGCAGAGUUUCAAACAGGUGUUGAUUUAGUCUCUCUCGACCAGCACCGUGUACCAUAAGCACCGUGAAAACUACAGAAUUAAACAGAAUACAAAAUGCCUCACUGUAGUAUCACAAACAAUUCACAUAUAAAUCAUGUUCACAUCCAGUACAAAUAAACGCAACUCAUCUGAUAAUAAUGCAUAUCUAACAUUUUCAUACCUCAUUCCGCCGUUCCAAGGGCGCUAAUUUAAGUGUUAGCCAUCAGCUAACAUGCUCUCCAGCUAGACAUACACACACGUCGCUGUUCAGAGCUACGAAUACAGUAUAAUGAGGUAAAUCACAAUGUAAACCUUUCCUUAAUACAAUUCAAACAGAUAAAUGUGAUGUAUAACUACCGUUUCUAGACAGCUUUUACCGUUUCUCCGACGAUACGUGAGCACAACGUUGUUUAGACAAAGAAACAGGAAGUUCGGCGUCACAAAAACCGCAGAAGAAGAAGAAACGCGCCCUUAACAAAAUAAAAGCGGAACAGACCACAAGGUGGCACUGCAGGACUACAAUGUCUUCUUAAUACAUAAACAAUACUGUGCAGGAGAAUAAUCAUACAAUUUAUCUGACAUUUACACACAACACAUCCAGAUCUUCCACACAGCGUGGUAUAGUUUGUAUGAAAAUGCUGAGCAGGACCUGAGGAUUUUUGAAAAGGGUUUCUUGUUUGGGCACGGAUGGCAGGAGCUAUAGUCGCAAUGAUGGCUCAGCUGUCCGGUGCUUCAAAAAGAGCAUUAACUGAGAAGACAUCUGCAUUAAUGUCUGUAGGAAAACCGUCAAACUGGUCAGAAAUUGUUGUCGACAGCAAACUAUUCCAGCUUGUGAAUGAGAAUGUCAGCAAAACAGUCAGCUGACAGUUACAUAGAGAGGGAUAUUUUAGUCUAGGGUUGCAGUGCAUAGCUGCCUUAUUGCCAAGAUGGAUGCAUAUUUGACAGUUCAGUGGGACAAAAACCACAGGCACUGAUCUACAGAGAUGUGGAAACAAAUGAUAUAUUGUCAGUAAGUGGAUGAGUGCAUGUUUGAGGUGCACCAAGAGAACGAUACAGGCCUAUGAGGAGAUGUGAUGGUUCUGUGGCAGCCAUUUGGGUCCUCUUUUCCCAUUAGAUGGAAGGUUCACAUGGUCAAGUGGUCUCUUCCAGGAUGACAAGGUCUCCAUCCAUAAGACAUGAGAGGUCAUUGAAUGAUUUGCUAAGCUGGAAAACACUGUGAAUAAUAUGCUGUGACCUUUCCAGUCCCAGAUGAACACCCAGGGAGAUCAGUAGUGUCUACCAAAUGAAAGAAUAUUUUUGGAAGAAUGUUUUUUGUCCUUUCAGUAGACUUCCAGGCAUUUGGAGAAUCAAUGCUAAGGAGCAUCGAAGGUGUUCUGGCAGCAUGUCAUGACUCAACACCGUAUUAAUACACUUUAUGUUGGUUUUUCCUUUCACUUGUCGCCCGUCUGUAGAGAUAUAGCUAUAUACAUAUAUAUAUCAAGCAUCCAGGCAUUUUUAUCUAUAGAGAAAUGAACCACGUUGCAUGAGGUCACUUCAUACGUCCUUGCACAUGACCACUUGCUUAUUGCCAACUCCACUUUACCUUAUUCCUAUAAUCCUACCCCAGCUUAUUGCACUCACCAAAAGUGGCAAAGUCCACUGUUGUACCAUAACAAGUCUUACCUAAUAACAUAACAUGGAUGAGCUAGAGUCAGCUAGUCUGCAAAUUUGUCAGACGAUCAAAUUCACAUUCAUGUUUGGCAUAAUUGUACUGCAGUGGAUUAAUCCAGCUGCAUAUUAUAUAAAGUUCUCUACUUUUAAGGGAACAUUUGGGUUUAUCGAGUCAAAUCUUCUCUGAAUUGGGAAACCAGCUAUGUAUUUUCAAGAGUUUCAAAUCCGUUUGGCUCAUAUUAAUGAUGAUUAAAGAAGCGAUCCUACAAGCUGUUUACAUUUACAAACACUGGAAAAAAUGGGAAAAUGCAAUACUGACCCCUCCAGGGCACAUUUUACACAUUUCUCUUACUCCGCACUUUCUCCUGCAGUCCAUAGUGGUGCUGAAAGAAAGAAAGAAAGAAAGAAAGAAAGACAGACAGAAAGAAAGAAAGAAAGAAAGAAAAGAAG